AUGAGAUAGGUGUCAUUUAACGAUAGAGAUAGUUAUGUUACAGAAAUCGUAAAGGAUAUAUGCAAGGAAAUCAGAGCUAUGAAUAAAGAUUUAAGGAAUUUUCUAUCAAAAAUGCUUAUUGAGGUUAAGGAUAUGCCUGUCAAUUUGAUUAUACAAAUGGCCGAAAAGGAGAGCACAUUCUAAUAAAAAUUUGUUGCAGUUGGUCAGUAAAAUUAGCAAUAAAGAUAAGCUCCUCAGGUAUAGAAUAAUAAAAAUAAGGGAAGUCAUGAUGGCUAGUAAAUUUACCCAGAAAUUGUUGGAAUUUUCCUUUUGCUAAUAGAGGAUGAUUCGAUGAGCGUUAGAAUUUCGGGUAUUGACCUUAUGAGUAAAUUAGCUUAAAAAGCACAGGAAAUAAGGUAAAAAUGCUUGAAUUUUCUGAUUGAUAUGCUGAAUGAUGAGAUAGAUGAAGUUAGAAUAGGUGCUCUUCAUGGUAUAGCUAACUUUAAUGAUGUAUCUUAACUCAAUGAAUAUGAAGUCAACAUUGUUCUUUUCAACUUAAAUGAGGAUAAUCAGAGACUUAGAGAUGAAAUCUAUUUAUUUUUCGGGCGCACUAUUAUUAGCAAGAGUGAUCUCUUCCUUAAGUUGCUUUAUAAACUUGGCUAGACUCACAGCUAGCUGGUUUCAAGUCUUGUAUUCAAGAUUCUUGGAAUAGACAAGAGAUUUUAAGCAAUCGAUCCUAUCUGGACAGAUGUUAUUUAUAUAGCGAAUAUGAUUCUUAUUUACGCUGCGAGUCUUGAAAUUCCUAGUAUUUUCAAUGAUGUCCCAUAAUUUGUCGAGAAGUCUCUAAAUUACUUGAAAGACUAAUAUAAAGAAUAUUACUUAUUAUAGACUUAGGACUAAAAACCAAUAGAGAUGGCUAUUUAGAAUAAUGAUAAUUAAGCUCAUCAAAAUUUAAUAGUGUCAUUAGAUCCUACAAUAAUCUAAGUUAUUAAGUAUAUAAAAUCAUCAAAUUUUUAGAUGGCAAAAAAACUUACUGAGAAUUCACUUUAAUAGGUUAAAUCCCAAUUAAAAAUGUUAACUAGGAAUUCAAAAUCAACAAUUGAUCAUUAACUUGCUUUCUUUAACUUGUUAGCUAGCUUUAUCUAAUCCUGCUUUAGAUAAAAUGAUGUGCUAAAGUCAAUUGAUUUAAAGAUGAAAAUGCUUCUUUAUUUCUAAGAAUUACCUGGUCCCUUUAAAGAAUUACUUGAAAUUAGCUCAUUGAAAUUAUACCUUCAACUGAUUGUAGAACACCUUGACAGAUUUAAGCUAAGUGAUUUCUUCUAUGAGGAUGAAUUCAUUACUUUGUGCUAGAACAUAAUAGCCUUCUCUGAAAAAAUAAAUAAUCAAUAAGCUACUACAGAUCCAAUUAUCUCCUACUUAAAAAUCAAUGUAAUAUAACAGAAGUCUCAGCUUAGAGCCAAGGAAUGGAGAAAUACAAUAAUUGGAAAACUGAAGAGCUUUGAAUAAACUAUUACUAUGAAUACAAUCCUAGACUAAAUCAAUAUAAACUAACCAGACCUAGAUAUCCUGAGAUACUCAGAUAUUCUGAUAACACAUCCACUUAACACUCACAAUGAAGUUCAUUAGAUAUCCUACAAGCACUCUGAAUUCAUGACAAUUUAGGGCAACAUGUCUAAUCAAAGAGAGAAUGUCAACAAUUAAAUAGUUGUUAGAUACCCUGAUGAUACCUUUCAGUUUUUUUAAACUAGAAGCAAUUUGUAGAACCAGGAAGUAAGCUUUAAUUAGAAGAUUGAAAUCAAAGUUGACAAAAGUUGGAAUUAGGAUAAUUAUAUUGAAAUAUUCUUUGGUGAUUAAAAUGUAAUUACGGAUGAAGAAGUUCAAUUGAUAUUAGAGUUGAUGCCAUUAAAGAAAAACUUUAUAGAUAAGGAGUUAGUUAGAUUUGACAAUGGAAAGCUGAUUGGAGUGAAAUCCAAUAUGAAGAAAUAUUUAAUUAAGCCUUGUUGA